UACCCCAGUUCCAGCGACGUACGUGUUCUAGGCAGGCGGAAAACAGGUUUGGCGAUAUCGGAUUCCCUUGUCGUACUCCUUCCUGAACUGUUACUACAACGUCAUUGUAGAAAGGAUGGAAUACCGUUGUACAGUCUGAGUAGCAUUCUCGUAGUACGUCCACGUAGAUCCUUUCAACACCGUGCUACUAAAGCGCCUCCCAGACCUUUACUGGCUCCACCAAGUCGAACGCUUUCUUGUAGUCGAUGAAAGUCGUUACGAGGGGAAGGCAAUGCCCCGGAAAGCCUCGAUAAGACGUCGGCAAGUUGCGAUGUGGUCGAGGGUAUUCUGAUGACAGAAAAGGCAGCGUUUCCUCCAGAAAUGAUCUUUCUUCUCUCGCAACUGGAAGGCCUGAUCGUGCUUUCGUAA